GACCCUAAAGAGGAGACAGUGGGCGCGUGUCGGGCGCUGACAGCGGCGCCCAUCGACCCGACGCCCGUCCAUCACGUGCUCAACGAUCUGGAAAUGAAUCGCAUGAAAGAGUUGGGCCACGCGUUUGUGGCGGCGAUGGGCGAAGAGGACCGGCUCAGCCCUAACCCGGAGGCCCACCACCAGCACACGGAUGCCGUCCAGAUGACAGACAACGCCGUCCGACGGCUCAUUCAGAUGAUCAAGAAGAUCAACGGCUACAAGAAUCUGUGCCAACACGACCAGAUAGCCCUGAUGAAGGCCGGUUGCACCGAGAUCAUUAUUUUACGAUCCGUACAGACGUAUAAUUUUGAACGCGAUUUUUGGUCGAUAGUGAAGGAUAGCAAGAAUCCCACUCUCAUCAAGUUGGACGCGCUCAAGCCGUCCCUCCGGCCCUGUAUUUUUGAGGCACACAAACGCUUUAUGGCACAGAUUGGCCACGAAUGGGACAAGAAUCUCGAUAUUCUCAAUCUGUUGUCGACAAUUGUGCUCUUCGACCCAAACCGACCCAAUAUUAUUCACAAAGAUAUGAUUGCGUAAGUGUUUUCAAAGUACAUACUAUUGUUUAGCGACAGUAUUAUUUGAGUACAUUUGUG